ACGUGUAAUGACGUCACGGGAGAACGGAUGGAAGCAAUUUCGUGGACCACUUUGCCUCAUAAUAAUCGAGAGAUGGCGUCCUGUACCCAGUGAAUAAGCAAAAAAUAUCUUAAAGAAUUGACGAAGAGAUACUCUAAUGGCAUUUAUCAUUAGGCUACGAACACUGUUGAAGUAGGCUAAUAAUAACAAUAAUCUUUCACUGAUAGAAAGAGCAUUUAUUUUGGUGCUGUUCUGCAAUAGCCUAUUCCACCUGGUUUCCCCAGAUUUAACAGGGGGUGGGUUCCGCGGCGUUUGUUUCAGCAUCCUCCAGCCUCCGCCUCUGUGUAGGCUAUCCAACGCGAGGACGGCGAAACUGGAGACAGGGAGAGAGGGCGAUGGCUGCCGGUGGAGGAUGCGGGGAGACUGUGGAUCAGUACCGGGCGGAGGUCGAGCGGCUCACCCAGGAACUUGCGGAUGCGAACAGAGAGAAGAUCAGGGCGGCAGAAUGCGGUCUUGUUGUGUUGGAAGAGAACCAGACUUUGAAGCAGCAGUAUGCCGAUUUGGAAUCGGAGCAGGAGACGCUGAAGCAGGAGUUGGAACAAUUACAAGAGGCGUUUGGCCAGGCCUACUCCAACCAGCGUAAAGUGGCGGAGGACGGCGAGAGCAACGAGGAGUCACUGCUGCAGGAGUCAGCGUCUAAGGAGGCCUACUACAUGGGCCGGCUGCUGGAGUUGCAGACUGAGCUGAAGCUGAGCCGCUCGGUGGCGUCCAACGCGUCCAACGAGAGCGAGAGGCUCAACGCCGUGCUGCAGGAGAACAGCGAAAGUAAUGAGGUGCUGGAGUUGCAGCGGAGCCGGAUGAGGGAGGAGAUCAGGGAGUGUAAAUUCAGAGAGGCCCGUCUCCUACAGGACUACACCGAGCUGGAGGAGGAGAACAUCACCCUCCAGAAACUAGUGUCCACACUCAAACAGAACCAGGUGGAAUAUGAGGGUCUGAAGCAUGAGAUCAAGGUUCUGGAGGAGGAGACUGUGCUGCUGAACAGCCAGCUGGAGGACGCUCUGCGUCUGAAGGACAUCUCUCAGUCCCAGCUAGAGGAGGCCCUGGAUGCCCUGAAGAUCGAGAGGGAGCAGAAGAACAGCCUGAGGAAGGAGCUGGCCCACCACAUCACCCUCAGCGACAGUGUAUAUGGGGCCGGAGCCCACCUGGCACUCACCGCCACGGUCGACGGGCUCAAGUUUGCCACAGAAGAGGUUGGGAGUAAUGGUACAGCCAUGCCCAAUGGCACCAAUGGGAAUGAGGAUAGUAACAGCGACUGUAACGGCCACCUGGGACUGGUUAAGGUGAACGGCGACUACCGGCUGCCCAGGAAGGGGGAAGGGCUGCACGGUCCUGUGUCAGACCUCUUCAGCGAGCUCAACCUGUCUGAGAUACAGAAACUCAAACAGCAGCUCCUUCAGGUGGAGCGUGAGAAGUCCAGCCUCCUGAUGAACCUGCAGGAGGCCCAGACCCAGCUGCAGCACACGCAGGGUGCCCUGACCGAGCAGCACGAGUGUGUCCACCGCCUCACCGAGCGCGUCAACGCUAUGAAGCGCCUCCACAGUGACAAGGAGAUGGCCGACGCCCAGGAGUCUGAGACGCACGACAGGUUGCCCGCGCCCGGUUGCCACGACUAUGUGGUGAACAUCCACGGGAUGGAGAUUUUGGAGUGUAAGUACAAGGUGGCGGUAACCGAGGUGAUCGACCUAAAGGCGGAGCUAAAAGCUCUGAAGGAGAAAUCUAACCAUUGUGUAGAGGGCCAGGGGGAGGAGUGGAGCAGCAGCGAUGGGAAGGUCCAAGCUCUGGACGAGCAGGUCAAACGGCUGGAGAAGAGCUGCCGCGAGGCCCGCGACAAGGUGGCGCGUUUGGAGGCGGAACUACAGGCGGCGACGGGCGUGGCCACGGAGAGCCACGACAUGCUGAACAGAGCGCAGGACGAGCUGGUGACAUUCAGCGAGGAGCUGGCCCAGCUCUACCACCACGUGUGUCUCUGCAACAAUGAGACGCCCAACCGCGUCAUGCUGGACUACUACCGUCAGAGCCGUAACACCCGCAACGGCAGCCUCAAGGGCUCUGAGGACCCCCGGGCACUACUCUCCCCCCGCCUGGCUAGACGCCUCGCCGCCGUAAACGCUGGGCUCUCAGAGGCCCCCCGGAGCCCCAUGGACUCGCCCUCCAAAGCCCCCAGUGGGGACAACGGGACAACAGGGAGGGAGUCCCCAGCACCAGGCAGUCAGGGGAACCCCAUCCGCACCCCUAUUGGCUCCCCGGUCAUCAACAGCUCCAACGGCUCUCCCUCCUCCUCUUCCGUCCCUCCCGAGGCGGGCGGAGACCUGCGUAAGGAGCCCAUGAACAUCUACAACCUGAACGCCAUCAUCAGGGAUCAGAUCAAACACCUGCAGAGAGCCGUGGACCGCUCCCUCCAGCUGUCUCGACAGAGGGCAGCCGCCCGAGAGCUGGCCCCCUUGUUCGACAAGGACAAGGAGGCCUGCAUGGAGGAAAUCCUCAAGCUUAAGUCCCUCCUCAGCACCAAGAGGGAGCAGAUUGCCACGCUCAGGCUGGUGCUCAAAGCCAACAAACAGACUGCAGAGGGGGCGCUGGCUAAUCUAAAGAGCAAGUAUGAGAAUGAGAAGUGCAUGGUGACAGAGACCAUGAUGAAGCUGAGGAACGAGCUGAAGGCUCUGAAGGAGGACGCCGCCACCUUCUCCUCUCUCAGGGCCAUGUUCGCCACCAGGUGUGAUGAGUAUGUGACUCAGCUGGAUGAGAUGCAGAGACAGCUGGCUGCGGCGGAGGAUGAGAAGAAGACCCUGAACUCCCUGCUCCGUAUGGCCAUCCAACAGAAGCUGGCCCUGACCCAACGCCUGGAGGACCUGGAGUUUGACACCGAGCAGACCCGGGACCGCGGCCGCGGCGCCAAGGUGCCCAAGAUCAAGAGCAGCCCGCCCAAAGUAAGUCGACGAGCCGCCCUCACAGCUCCCCCCAGCCCCACCAUGAUACACAGCCCUUCUUCCACCUGCUCCCACACCUUCAACACCUCCCUGACCCUCUGCAGCCCUCCCUCCCUGGAGCUGCCCCUCUCCUCCAACCCCUGGUCGGCCUCAGACGGAGGCACUUCCCAGACCUCAUCCCUGGUAUCCUCUCUGCCUCCCCUGGGUCACCCCCAGUGGUCCCUGGGCACUCAGACCUUCAUCAUUGACCCAGAGUCGCUGAGUUUAGAGUGUUGUCGACUCGUUAACAGUCGAGACUCCAGUCCGCACUCUCCUAGCUCCGCCCCCGUGUCUCCUUACCGCUCACCCAUUCCUAAGACUUGGCAACACUUGUCGCCGGGGUCGGUCAGAACUCGUACCCAAAAAGACGCACCUCGCCCCUCUGCUCUGGUCACAUCUCCCAGCAACCCAGUCCCUCACGCCUACAGUUCCAAGAUGCCCUAGUCCAAGUGGGUGGGUGGGACACAGGGAGGAGGACAGACUGGUUUCCUGUUUCCAGUGUCUGGCUUGACCUAUGACUAUGCAGUACUGUGACAUUCUUCUCAGGAAUUGGCUAUGAGAAGGAGCCCAACACAGCUUGUUCCAUCUGUAGACAAUAAUCAAGUCUGUUUAUAGUUUUGGGCUCAUUUCUGUAAAUGAAGGGAUUUAGGGAAGAAAUGAAAUAUAUGUUAGAAAUAUACCAGUAAAUGUGACAUUUUUAUGACAAAUAAAGUUGAGUUUUAGUAAUUUUUCUGAUGAUUUGUUAUGCAUAAUGAGCUAAGAUGGAGUGAAGGAUACUUCUACAUUUUGGAGAUAUUUGAUUCCGUAUGACAUACGUUUUUACUUCCUCUCUUGGCACAUAAACUGUAAGCUUUUAGAGUAGAAGUGAAGUGCUGUAGCCUAGUCCUCAUAUCAUACAACCUAAUUAUUGUCCAAUAUUUUCCAUUGUUAGGCAAUUGAAUUCCCCUGUUGUUGUCAUUGCCUAUGUUAAUUAUUCACUUUGUAUAAUCAAAGUCUGUUUGUAGUCAAUAUACACAUUGCUUUUUCCGACCAUCCAUAAACUGUGCGCAGAGCUACACUGUUACUCUGUUCUGUGUGUCUCAUUGGGCGCCACCCAGUGGAUGAUUUACACAGUUGAAACACAGACACUAAUAGCCAUUGGAAUUCCUCAGUCUAUCCCAGGGAUGGGCAAUGCAGACCCGCAAGCAACUCGGGCCCCCGCCCCCACCAAAGUUGCUCAUCUCUGGUCUAUCUAUCCCUAUGAAUGUUUGACACAGAAAAUUUAAAGCCUGGUUGAAAUCUCAGGGAAUCUUUGUUUGUAAAGCAGAGAAAGGCACCGUAUCUAUUUCUCUAUGGUAGGCUUCUUUACUAUGUAGGCUGCCUUACAGUACCUCUCUGACACAGUCUAGAAAUGAAACCGUUUUGAUGACUCUACAAAUCAUAUUAUAAUUCAGGUCAUCAAAAUAGACGCGGUAAAGGGGUCAAUGGAACUUGAUCAAAACAAUGGAAUUGCCAUGGAAACGCGUGGGGAAAGAUCCAGGGGUUCUCCUCGUUGUAUUUCACACUAUGUUGAGGUAAAAAUCGGAGUAUAAUGUUUGUAUGAAUGUCAACACCAACACAUGUCAUCGUUACCAAUCAACUGCGUUCCAGUUAAAAACAGCGUUGACUGCCAUCAACGAUUUCUGUAUGAUAGCUACAUGUAUGCUACUAGCUCAUACAAACGGGAGUUAGCAUUUAGCAGUCACUUCCUCUUAACCCUGAAGAGGGACAACUUCUACAUGUUAUGCAGCAAAAACAGCCAAAUAUAUCCAAAUUGGACUUAAGUAACCACAUUGUGGGCUGUUACAAUACAUAAAUCAUGACGGAUUUGACUAAUAUCCACUUUGUUAAAUCAGAUUUGUUGAAUGUGGGCCAAUCUGGUCAACGUUGACUCCUUUGCCGCGUCUUAUGAUUUUAAGGAAUCGUUCUAGUUUGAUUAACAUGUUCAAGCCAUGAUAAUAACAUGACUCUUGAAUUGUCAUCAAAUCUGGAGCAAAAAGCAUUUGACAGAAGUCCCUUCCACAAGUCUACAGCCCUAUUCAGUGCCACAAUCAAUUGCCCUUUCUCUACACUAUACUACGUACAGCAUACUAUAGCAUGACAUCAUUGUGUCCUUAGAGUCUAUUAUUAAUAUAGAAAACCGUGAAACCGUGUGUGUGUGUGUGUGAGUGAGUGAGUGAGAGAGAGAAACUGAGUGAUUGAUCUAUGAUGCUUUUUCUGUCAAUGUUGAUAGCUUUUUGUUGUGGCAUGCAUGUGACUUUGAUCAGUCAGAUCCAGGAGGAAGAAUAUACAUGGUUUAUAUGCAGAUAUACCAUUCAGAGCAGCAUGGAAACCAGUGUGACCUCCUCUCUGUGACACUCUAACCACCUACCCAGACCUACUACGCUGAUAACACACCCUGAAAAUAACACCCUGAAAAGAACACCCAAGCAGUUCAAAGCAACCCUAUGCACAUGCCAUGUAGUGCCUGCAGAUGGCAGUGUCUUAACAAUUCCCAAUGAGUUAUUCCUGUCAAAUGCUGUUUGGCCCUCAUGUCCCUACCAUGGAUAACAAGUUAAAUUACACUCACCUCUCUGUGGUUAUUAGCUUUUGGCUCCUACAGUGGUCAAAUGUUUUUAUAGACACAAUCUGAGGUGAAGAAUGUCCAUGUACAUUCAGGUCCAAUCCCUAUAGGAUAACAUGGGUUGCACUUUGACUCUAUAAAAUAAAAACCCAAGACUGCAGGGUCAUUCAUUCAUUAAUGUGUUACAAUUGUGUAUGAUAUUAUCACUUAUCUGAUCUAAAAAUGCUGCUUCGUUUGUAGCCCAUAGGCGUACAUGAGCAGCAGUUAAUUGCUCCGUGUGACAGUCGCCAUUACGUUUUUGUUUGUUUGUAUGUCUCUUUUUUGGUGCAGCACAGAAAAAUACAGUACUGGAUUUGAAACUGUGCGUAAAUGUUCUAUGUGUGUCUGUGUUUUUCCCCUUAGCAGUGCUGUCCAUCCUCCUCGAAGGAUGGACAGAGGAAUGCCUUGUCAGUUGGGUCAGACGAGGCUGGUUUUGAAUAACGAGCAGUCUUUCAGUGAUACACAAGUACUUUAUUGGCCUUGGAAAAUGAACAGCGAGCUCCCUUUCUCCUGCUAUCUCUCUCUCUCUUUCUCUCUCUCUCUCUCUCUCUCUCUCUCUCUCUCUCUCUCAUAGAAACAUAAACAACUUCUCUCACACAAUAUUAACUACUGUGGUAUGUCAGGCGGUAGAAAGCACAAAUCAUUUACUUUCUAGGCAAAUAAAUCAGAAGAAAAAACUUAAGAGUGCGCAGAUUGUAUUAACUCAAAUGAACUGUAUUACAGUAAGAUAUUAACUUGCAGAAUGUGAUAUUACAGUCAAAUGAAAGUGAUUAAAAGCAUGACUACUAAAAGCAUAAUCACUACAAUGCUCUAAUGUUAUACUCUGAAAGAGUAAAAGGUUCCACAACCGACGUCCUCUCCUCGGACAUGUUGAGUUACUACGUGACGAGUCCUGUGUGUCUCUUUGUCCCUGACAAGUCUUUCCUCCCGUCUUGUUGCACCCAUGUCUUUGUCUGUCCCACUAACCCUGACUGUCACCACUCUGUAUAUCUGUCU